AUGCCCGCCCACAAGGCCAGCUCCGUCGCGCGGCCAUCGUCAGGCCCUCUGAUCCUGCUGCCCGUCGUGGAGGGCGAAAAGCGUAUACCUCGAUUGAAUUCAUAUUUGACCGGCCCUCCAUUUGCUCGCGGCUUGCCUGCUUGCUUGCUUGCCUGCCCGCCGUGUAGGCUCUCUCUCGGUUUCACCGUCCCUGCCGCGCCCAAUGCCCCAGCUCCUCCGGCCUAUACGUAUAUUGGAGUUUGUGGUGCGCCUGUCCCCGCUGGCGAUGCUGUAGUGUCGCGCAGCAGGUGUUUCUUGCAGAUGCACGCCGCAACGCCCGCGGGUGGUAUGGAGAUGGACAAGACUGCAGACGGCGCCGAUCGCUCACGCGCAGCUUCUUCCUCGACCCACGAUGUGGCUAUUCGCGAAUCUGCGCCGCCACUCCACCGAUCCGUAGAUCAUUCACGACACCCAUCCAUACCGGCCAAUGGCCCGGAUCGCCUGCCCAACGAUGUCUGGACCAGCGCCAUCUCCCGCCUGCAGGCCCAGGUGUCGUACAACACCGGCAUGCUGGAAUCGCACCGUCGCCAGUUCACCGAAAUCGAAGGCGCCAUCACCAGACUGCACCAGGAAGUCGGCAGCCUCGCGGCGACUGUGAAUGAUGUCCGCGCAGAGAUGCGAGCCAGGCCUCCACCCGCCGAGCAUGCCAGGCAUGAUCCUAGCGAUCUGGACGUUCUCUCUGUGCAGCUGCAGAGGUUGACGAAUCGCGUCAACGAGGUCGAUGGGUUGAGCAUGCAGAUGGACUUGAUCAAGAAUCGCAUGAAGCGGUUGGAGGAAGGCGGCUCGGCACCACCACCAAGUCUACGACCUACGUCUUCGCAACACCCAAGAGAUCCGCCCUACUACCAGGAGUCAGCUCCUCCGCCCUCUGUGCCUCAAGGUCAUCCAGGUCCUCCAAAUCCUCACCUCGUCCAACAUCCACCACUGCCGCCUAUGAGAACGGCAUCGAUGGCAGCUACCGAAGCAGGACGACCUCCAAGCUUCCCUGCGCCUGCGCCUCUCGAGUCCCAAAGCUCGCAUUCGUACCGUCCGUCAACGGAAUCACGACCAUUCUCUCGAGAAGACCACCCUCCAGCAGGCGGCGCGCCACCACCACCAGUUGCACCAUACCGUCCUGGCGAAGCACUGCCUCCACCUUCUGCUCUCACUGGUUGGCGGCCGGCCGAGUCAUUUCCUCCGGCGGGGGCAUCGCCUGCUAAUCCUCCCCUAGGACCGCGGUCUCACGCAGGAGAAUCAGAAAGCAGCGGCAACAGUGGUUGGGCGCCAGUCAAUUCGAACCCAGCGAUAAAGCGACCUCCCGAAGAAUCGCGGUCACCUUACGAGUCUCCACUCGUAGAUGGCUCCAAGCGUCCUAAACUUGCCCCAUUGAUGCCAAACAUGCCAAGAAGCAACUAUCCUGAUGAUGGUUACGGCCCGUCACAGCCUGCAUACCAUUCACAUGCCACGUCUAACCCUUCAGACGGCUCUCUACACCCUCGAAGUCGAGCUCCUUCCGAUGGCUCCCAAUCGUUGCAUUCUCAACCAGGGCCUCCUACAGGUCCACCUGCGGGACAGCACAACUUCAGAUUCAUCACAUCCACCACGCAGGCAGACUCCCAGGAAUCAUGGCGUCCAGAAGCAGAACGGCAAGCCGCACCACCUCACGGACGCGGAGGCCGAGGACGAGGGAGAGGUCGCGGACGAGGAAGAGGACGUGGAGGCGGCGGGUCAGGAGCAGCACCGAUAGUCGCCAUCGCCCACCCAGAAACGCAAGAGCUCGGAACGCCAGAAUGGGAGGGCAAGUCCGAAUGGACAGGCAGCCAAAUGUCACCAAACGGGUACUACAAUCCUAUGCACCCGUACUCGCCCAAGAUGGCAUCUCGUGGCGGUAUCGUUCGCAGGGCUGACGCGCAUGCGCCAGCAGGGCCUGAGACGCAGCACGAGUUCCCAUCCACACCGAUCCAACACCCUGGCCCUCAGGACCCGCAUGCCGCGGCGGGCGAUGCGCAGUCGAGCAGUGGCAAGAAGACGAGGACGAAGCCGAUCCGUAAUGCGGAGGGGAUUUUGAUCAGGAAGGAUGGGAGGCCGGAUAUGCGGAGUGUGAGUUCGGCGAAUAAUCUGAGGAAAGUGCAUGCGAAGAAGGAAGCGGAGAGGGCGGAGAUGGAGGACGACGACGGCACGCGCUCCGGCACGCCCACCAGCAUCGCCCCCGGCGAAAGCGAAGCCACCGACGAGCACCACCACCAACAAGACACCCAAGACCGGCACCGCGAGCUCAUGAACAGGAUCUUCCCGCACGGAGGAGAAUCAGGCCACCGAGUCGCCGAGCAAUUCUUCCCUCGCCACCACGAAGAGGCGAUGAAGACGGAAAGCGAGCGAGACGAUAGUCGAGAGGCGAGCAGUGGCGGAGGAGGAGGAGCAGGUCCACCACCAGCACCGACGACGAAUGCGAAUGCAAACGCGGAUGUUGUAAUGAAAGAGUCGAGCGAGGCGCAAGCCGUCGAGGAGGAGCGGGAGAGGAGGGAACACGAGAGGGAAUAUGCUAUUGCGGAAGAACAGGAGCGGGAGCGGAACCGCGUGGCUGUUGAGACGGAGCGCCAGCGUCAGGAGCAGCAGGCUGGUAGCGGUGGUAGUGGUAAUGCCAUGGAUGAGAGUGGUGAUGGUGGUGGUGGUAAUGAUACAGUGGCUGCGAGCGGUGCGCCAGCGGCAGAGCAGCCUGCUGCAGCAGCUGCAUGA